AUGGAAGAAUCAAAAGCCAGGAUCGUACGGCCUCUAGGCCCUUGGGAGCAAUUUUCAUCAGCCCGUCAUCACCUAGGAGUGUAUCGCUGUGUGGUUGUGACGGUGCGAUACCUGAUCCCGCAUGGCCUAGAAGACAUCAGGGCGGCCCUCGUCGCAGCCUUGGCCUCGGUGGUUGGGGGACAGCCUAUGCUGCAGGUCGGGAUCAUCGGGCAGGAAACCAACCAGCCCGCUUUCAUCCACCUGCCAGAGAUUGACCUCCGCGACCAUUUUGAGCUUCGUUCCCAGAAUCACACGACCGUGGAGGAGUACGAAGCCAAGCUUUCGGAAACCCACGGCUGGCUACACGAUCAAUUAUGGCCGAAUAUUGAGUCCAAGGCUCCUUGGAAGGUCCUUGCCCUACAACCAGAAAGCAAUGGACUCUUCGAAAAGCCCGUGGUUGAUAUUCUAUUUGCCUACCAUCACUCCUUGACUGAUGGGACUGGCGGGAAGGACUUUCACCAACAUCUUGCAGCCGCCCUGAAUGCCCAGCAUCACGGUGAUAUCCCGCCCGAGCCUCGAUACAUACUGUCUUUUCCCGACAUCGCUGAACUACCCGAGACCCAAGAGGAGGCUAUCCCAUUCACAAGUAGCUGGCCGUUCAUGCUCAAGGCGACUUGGAACCAUCUGGCCCCUUCUCUGCUCAAACUCAAGUCCCCUACCCCAUGGACUGGCCGUCCCAUUGAUUUUGCCCUUCCAUACAUAACGCGGGUCCACCCUCUCCAUUUCUCCCCCGAAUCCCUUCAAACACUCAUCAAGGCAUCCCGAGACCACUCCUCCUCCCUCACAGCCCUCCUCCACGCCCUGGCGUUGGUCUCGCUUGCCACUCGCCUCGGCCCCGAGGAUGCAGAGAGCUUCGUCUCCAUGACGCCCAUCAACCUCCGCCCGUGGAUCUCUCACACGGUCAAGGAAGAGCUCAAGACCAAGAUGCGCUCCCUCGUCACCGGUCUCGACACCCCGUUCCCCGCGAGUGUGGUCGGCGCCCUCCGCUCGCCUCAUGCCGACCGAGACGAGGUGAUCUGGCAAGCGGCCAAGGAGACCAAGAGACUUUUGGAUCAACGAGUUUCCACUCUCCCCUCUGACGAUGUAGCAGGGCUUUUGUACUUAAUUCCGGAUUUCAGUGAGUAUUUUCGCGGCUUAAAUGGAAAACCGAGAGCGGCUACCUGGGAAGUGUCCAAUAUUGGUGUUCUUCGUUGCGCGGACUCAGACGGUGGCUGGGAGCCAACCCGUGGGAUGUUCUCGAUUGGCGCCAUGGUCGCUGGUGCUGGAAUAGCGCUCAGUGUCAUCAGCAUAGAGAAGCAUGGCCUCACUGUUACUCUCUCUUGGCAGCAAGAUAUCGUAGACGAGCCCUUGGUAAUGGGGUUAGCACAAGAUUUGACGCGUUUAGUGAACGGGAUC